AUGGGAAGAACCAAAAAAACUUCCAAUAAGGUCCUAGUCCACCCCAGCGAAGCAAGUCCCAAGAAACGGAGGAAAGGAGCACAGCCUACAGGAAACACGACCUUGCCGGUCAUUGACAAGAUAAAGGAAAGGGCAAAACAGCAGCAUAAGCAUGCAAACAGCACGCGGAAGAAUUAUGGCUCAUACGUCGACCGUGGACAGAAAUGGCUGAAGGUGCAUGCCUCCGCUACUGGCUGUGGAGAUGAAGAAUCACACAAUGAUGAUGCUUACGAGGAUUCAACAUUCAGAGAUGCACUCGAGCAGAUACCUAACCAACAUUCAGAUAAAGCACUCGCACUCUUCAUUUCAUACAAGUGUUUUCAUGAAAACAAUGGCCAAAGUACAUGUGACGGUAUUUAUGCAGCGUUCAAAAAAGCCGGUGAUACAUAUCGUGGAAAAUGGAGUUACAAUGAGACACGGAGACGCUGGGAAGGGAAUCCUGCAUGCUCGGCUGAAGUGCAGGAUGUCAUUAAGUCAGUCCAACACAAGACAAAUAGUGAGGGCGCCGACAGAACUCACUCGAUCGCAAUGUCAAAAGGCUUCAUGGAUAGGAUUCUAAUGUGGGUCCACAAAUGCUGGCCGAGCGAGACCUAUGUGGCUCUCGUCAGAAGGUUGCUUGAAGGGGAUACAACAGCUACCGACAACCUCACCUUGGAGCUGCGCACAUCAAUCACACGCGCUGUGAUGUACCAAGCGUUCAGCACCACUGCCUGGAAUCUAUGGACAAGGUGUUUCGAAUUGAUUAAACUCAAAAAGAAAGACCUUACAAUUGAUCCGUCCGAAACACUGUCGAUCAAGGACUCACAUGCUCGCUUCGAAGUGUUCUUGUCAAAUCGCAAAGGAUGGCAGCGGAAGGUGGAUAAAGGGCUGAAGGAGGCAGACUUGCGCAGUAACCGGUACAAAAUUUAUCCACAGCCAGGCAUGCCUGGCUGUGAUUGUUUCUUCUGGAUGCUGCUGUGGCUCGCCCUUCUUGAGAGGAUUCACUACAAUGGUGAGCUUGGGCCGGAGGACUUUGUCUUCCCCACAAUUGGCUCCAACGGCAUCGUCCAUCGUGGUGAACAUAUCUCGCAUGAUGCCGUGCAGGCUUGGAUCAACGAAGCAACUGCUGGCGCAGGAAUUCCACGAGGUGGAGGUGACAGUUUCACCACACACACCUACCGUUGUGGUGGAGCACAGUGGCGCUGGAUGUUUGCACCUGUUGGUGAGCGCUGGACAUUGGCUAGGGUAAGGUGGUGGGGAUCAUGGGCAGAAAAUGAGAACCAUGAUACACUCAUCCGGUACCUACUCGAUGAGCUCUCGACUUACGAAAAUGACCACAGCGAUGCCCUUUGUCCCACACAGAAUGAGGCUGAUGGCUCCUUGCUUGGCGAGCACCGGCUUGUCAGGCCUGCAUGCUCACAGGAUCUGCAGCUCAUGCAGCGGUUCAUCACAGCUGAUGUCGAAGAUUUGCGAAGUGAUGUCCACUUCCUCACAAACACACUCAUCUCCAGCAGGAAUGGACCGCCCGGCUCUACUCUUGUCCAUGAGCCACCAGUGCAGCACACACUCCAUGGUACCUUCCUUCCUCACGAGUCCCCAACACUCAUCCCACAGCAGAUGAUCCCUGCUCCAAGUCGCACCUUCAAUCCAGUCACAAACAGCACCGGCACCAUGAAUUUCGGCUCUCGUCCACUCCCCGAGAAGGGCCUGGACAUUCCAAACCUUCCCGUGCGGCGUGCUGAUGGGAGCUACGCUCCCAAGAAGGACUCCUGGAGGUACAUCAUCCAGCACUGGACAGAAGCCGAUCCCGUACAUGGCUUGCAUGUGGCCCUCCGAGACUGGCCAGCCGAAUGGCUCAAGGGCAAGAACAAAGCCAUCUUCGGCUCGAAGUACCACCAGCGUGCUCUGAUUGCGCUGGAGUUCCUCGAACAGUACCAAGGAAAUGAGUCGGUGUUCCUUGCUGCAUAUCCAGAGUACAAAGAAGGCCACACGGCCCUGCUCACUGCUGUCAAACGCGCCAAGAAGGACCGUGGAGAGAUCAUCCCACGCAAGUAG